UGACGAUAUAUUAAUCUGUGGAUAAUAUUGACAUAUUAUUUCUGUCCACGUCACUAAAAUAAUUCCAUAUUUCUUUAAUUAAUACUUUUGUGCGGUUUAUGUAUAAACGAGUUGAUAAUUUUUUAUACCGAUUGUGUUAUGUACUAUAUAUUGUGAAAACAGGCUGUAAAGCAGUCCAGUUAUAUUUUUAGUCCAAUCGUGCUAUUCCUAUUGAUUUAUACUAAUGGCACCCAGUGCUUAGAGUCGUCAAGGCCCAGUACCAAUCGAAACAUUAAUAUAUUCUCCUGAAAGUAUUAUAGAAUGCGAUGCUACCUCGUAGGCGAAACAUUGGAGGAGUGACAGAGCGAUCAACGUUGGAAAACGAUUUAGAAACUUAUAAUAAAUUAGAUAAGAAAGGAGUACAGAUAUUGAAUAAUAAUUCAAGUGUUUUUAUUCCGUUUCCAAAGACGGAAGUGAAACAAAGCCAUUCAAGUCAUAUUAUUCAGACUGAUAUAAAAUUCGACAUUCUUGAAGAAUUCGUGUUUGAGCCAGUUAUGGCUGCUCGAGACAGAACCAAUGAAUUCAUAUCAGCAGUGCGGAGCUUGCAGGGAAGGACUCUGGCCAGGCCAGUUAUAAGAGAUGAACGGAAAGCCCAAAUGCUUGAGACUUACUCUCAAUUUAUGAGCAUGGCAAAAGUGAUCAGUAAAAAUAUUACCAGUACUUAUGCCAAGCUUGAAAAAUUGGCAAUGUUGGCCAAAAAGAAGUCUUUAUUUGAUGAUCGACCAACAGAGAUACAGGAGUUGACAUAUAUUAUAAAAGGAGACUUGAGUUCUUUGAAUCAGCAAAUAGCCAGGCUUGGUGAAAUGCCUAGAGGGCGCAGAAGUAUGCACAGUCAUUCAUCUAGUGUAGUGCUUGCUUUACAAUCACGUUUGGCAUCAAUGAGUAAUCAGUUCAAACAGGUUCUGGAAGUGAGAUCUGAGAACUUGAAACAUCAAAACAACAGAAGAGAACAGUUCUCGAGAGUGGGACCUGUAGUUAAAGAAGUCCCCUCUCUCUUACAACUGGAUGAUGUGAGCAUAGAUUUGGGUGAUGCACCUGCCAUGCAAACUCAACAAUUAGCAAUGCGAGAUGAUUCAGACACAUAUGUACAACAAAGGGCUGAAACCAUGCACAACAUAGAGAGUACUAUUGUGGAAUUAGGAGGAAUAUUUCAGCAACUAGCACAUAUGGUGAAAGAACAAGAUGAAGCUAUUGGUAGAAUUGAUGCAAACAUUCAAGAAGCAGAAAUGAAUGUGGAGGCAGGUCACAGAGAGAUCAUGAAGUACUUCCAAAGUGUUACUGGCAACAGGGCCUUGAUGUUUAAAGUUUUUGGUGUUUUAAUAUUCUUUUUCAUAUUUUUUGUUGUUGUAAUGGCUUAAUAGUGGCCCAAUUCUCUGUUUGAAGUUUUUGAACUUUCAUACCAAAAGUUGAAAGUACUGGAUAAUCCAGUUAAAGAUAAAAACCAGUCAAAUGCAAGACCAUACCAUUAUCUUGCCUUGAAAUAUUUAUUUUAUUUUAGUAUUCCUUGGUAUUCUAUAUAAGAAUUCAACAGUCACAGACAGCCAGUAAAGUCAAGUAAUAAUGGGAAAACCCCAAAAAAUUACGGUCACAAUCUAUUUCAAAACAUUGUUUUUAAUAGUAAAUUACUUGCAUAGGUGUUGCCUGAUUAUGCAAUUGUAUGACUUAUGAUUGCAUAUGAUUUUUACAGUACAAAAAGAGGAGAAAUCAGCACCCAGCAAUUCUCAACAUACUCAGUCAAGUGCCAAGCAGUGCUUGACUAUGUGUUUUACUUUGUUAUAGAUUAAAAAUCCUAAAUGUAAUGUACAACAAAAAUAAUGUAGUAUAGUAACAGUAGGAACUUCAAUAAUUCAGCAUUGGCAAAUAAGUUUGACUCUCGAUUUUCGACUUUUGGUAGGUUUGUAAUAUACAUAUAUUGUGAAUAUGUAGAUUAUUUUGUGAUAUAUAAACAAAGGGAUUAAAAAAUACUAUUAAAAAUAUA